AUAAAGAUGUUUGUCAGAUGACUAUUAGCCGGCAGAUGCUCCCGCGAUUUUCCAACAAAUUUUACAAUAAAUAAACAACAAAUGCAGUGACAAAGUGUAUUGUUAAAAAACUAAAAUAAAUUUACAAAUAUUUUUUUAAAUAAUUAUAAAAGUAAUAUAAAAUAAAAUUUCUAUUCAGUGAUAUUAGAAUUUCAAUUUAAUAAUUAAACAUGACUGUUAAUAACAAAGUAUCAAUGUUUGUAACAUUAUUUUUAUUUAUAACAUUAUUUUCAUAUGGUGAAUCAAUUGUUUGUUAUCAAUGUAACAGUGCAUUUGAUCCAAGAUGUGGUGAUCCAUUUGAUCCAUAUACACUUGGUACAGUUAAUUGUAGUUUUCAACCACAUCCAGAACAUUUGAGUAACAUUGAACCAACAAUUUGCCGAAAAGUAUCACAAACAACUGAAGGUAAAACAAGGGUUGUACGUGGAUGUGGUUAUGUUACUGAUGAAAGUAAAGAUGACAAAGCAUGUGCACGACGAACAGGUACACACAAUGUUGUUGCUCAUUAUUGUUCAUGUACUGGUGAUCUAUGCAAUGAUGCUAAUACCAAAAUUUCAAACCAUGGAAUAUAUGGAUUAUUUAGUAUUUUAAUUAUUCUAUUAGUUAAUUAAUUUAGCAAUUUAACAAAACUAAUCAUUUAUUUUUAAUAAAAUAACAUUCAAUUUUUUUCUUUUUUUUUGCAUUUUACAAAAUAUUAAAUUCAAUCACAUAUUAGGUAAUAUAAUAAAUAAAAAUUCAUUCAUUUCAAUUCGUUUAACAAUUGAAAUGAUAUUAUUUUUUUUUUAAUUAUAAUUAACACAUAAUUAUUAUUGUUAAUAUUAUGAGUGAUAAAAAAGAAUAAUGAUUUAUAGGUGUAUUAGAUAACACCAUCGUCCUUUUAUUAUCGUCCAAGGUAACUCUAGUUUGUUGAUGACAAAAUAAAUAAUUGAUUGUUUAAAAAAAGAAAAACAAACAGGAAAUAUAAAUGCAAUAAAAAGAAUAUUUUGAAAAAAUAUAUACAACGAUAACUGUUGAUAACAAAAAAGUAUACAAAAAAUAAUAUCGUUAAACGAUGUUAUAAAACUGCUAAUAAAUAUCAUCAAAACGUGAUAAGUAAUAAUAGUAACUAUUAAAAUAGUAAAAUUUAAAAAUAUUUAUUAAAAAAAAAAAACAAAAUAAAUAACUAAAAAAUAUAUGUUUUUAAUAGAGUAUAUGAAUAAAUAUCAUAGUUAAAAUAUUCUGACUGCAAAUUUCUCGAUGAAAUAUCUUGGCAAUUCAAAAAAAUAAAAACAUUAUGUAGGGGUGUAUUAGCAUCAAAAUCAUUGGAUAUUUUUAAUGAAAAUUACAGAAGCAUAAAUGAUAUAAUGACAAUUUUAAAUGUGUCCACAAUAAUUAUUAUGACAACAGUUAAAUACAAAAAAUAAAUAAUCAUUGUAUUUUACAAUUUAUUUAUGUUUUUUAAAAUUUACUUUUAUCAUACAUCUUGGACACAUUUAAAAUUACUUAAUUAAAUAAUAAAUUAAUUAGUCAUUGUAUUGUAAUGACUGAAUAUUAUCAUUUUUGCAAAUUUAAUUUUCUUAAUAUUUACAAUUUAAAUUUUUUCAUGAAAUGCUUAUUUUUUUUAUUUUUUUUUUAAAUUUAUUAUUGUAUAUUUUUAAUAAGAUUAUUAUUAUAAAUAUUGUAUAAAUCAGUAGUUUAUUUAUUUUUAACUUUCACGAGAAUAUUUUUAUUGUGGAAUAUUAUCCAUCAGGUUUUAUUUUAUUUUUUUUUCGGUGAUAAUUUUUACGCGAAUAUUUUUUCUUUGAGAUUUUUUGUUCGGGAAAUUUUUCGUCAGAAUAUUGUAACUAAGAUAUUUACUCAUGAAAUGAUUAUUAAUAAUAAUUUGUAAAUAGAAAUUUAUUUAAAAUUUAAUGUGGAUAAUUCAAUCUAGGGCCUUGAUAUUUAUUUAUAUUUAUAUAAAAUAUAUAAAAUAGGCCUAAUUAAAUUGUUUUUCGUUUUUGGUAAUUUUUAUUUCGAAAUGAGCAUCUUAAAUUAAAAAAUUGGUUGAUAGUAAUUUUUUAAAUACCAAAUAUAUAUUUUAAAAAACGAUGAUUAAUAUUGCCAGACCCUACCUCAAUUAUAUUCAAAGCAAAUACAAUUUUUUAUCUCGCUCAAUAACAACAAAAUUAUUUUCUAAAUUGCAAAAGAAAAAGUUUAGAUAAAUUUAGCUAAAUUAAUAAAAAUAUUUUAAAAAUUAGUUUUAUCAAUAAAAUAAUAAUUGUUUAUUAAUUUAUUGCCCGGAAUUUAUGUCGUGAAGACAGUCGCAUGUAUGCCUUAAAAAAUAACAAUUAGUGUAUGAAAAAAAAAAGAUAAUAAUAUUAAAACAAUAUCAAAAAAAUAUAAUUUAGUAAUAUUUUAAAUAAGUCAAAUAAAAAAAAAACAUAAAUCGUUGUUAAAUAAAAAAUUUUUGCAAAUCAGUGUUUACUCAAUAUUACAAUACAAAAGAAAUUUAUUUAAUGAACAAUAUUUUUAUUCAUUAUUUAUUGUUAUAAACAAAUUAUUACAAAUAUUAAUAAAUUACUUUGUCAAUGUCCAUCAACGAGUUUCAACGCGCUGCGUAUUUAAAUAAAAAUUCUAAUUCAUUACAAGUAAUUCGUCAAUAAUGUUUUCCUUUUUUUUUUUUUAGAAAGUAAAUUAUUAUUUACACAAGAAAAAUAUUAAUAGAAUGAAAAAGAAACAACACUUGUAUGCAAUUAUUACUGAAUAAACAAUAUUAAAAACUGAAAA